UUAAAAAAGAAAGAGUCGUUUGAAUGUGAGAGCAUGCUUGGGUCAUCAGACUUGUCUUACCUUAUGGAUUUUUCCAAAGUGGACAAGGAGAAACCAUUUCUUUCUUUCUUUCUUUCUUUCUUUAUCUGCAUGCUUUGAAUAUUUCUGAGAACUGUGGAAAGUCAAAUAUUCUGAACCAUCUGUUCCCAAUUCCCAAUAGAUAAACAUGAACUCGACCUUCAGAAGAUGUGUAAUUUUAAUUUAAGGCCAUAUAUUGCUUAAACAUAUUUAUGUAUUGUAUAGAACUAUAGAUCAAUGUGAUAGGAACAUAGUUCAUGUUGUAAGCAUAGGAGUCAUCACUUAUCCUUAAAGGAAACUUAAGGGAUGAAAUGACAUAUUCAAAUCCUGCUGGUCCAAGUGGCAUCCCUGGAAUGAAUCUAUUGUUUGUCAAGAAAAUUGAGACUGAAGUUUGUGCUUAUAUUUAAUUUCAUGGGCUGCUAUUGUUCAACUUCAAAGAAAUAUAAAACACCAGGAUAUGAGGAGCCCACUGUUCUUGCUUCUGAGACACCUUGUGAGUAUCCAUCAUCAAGUGUUUCUGUGAGUGAAGUAGAGGCAUUAUAUGAACUCUAUAUGAAGGUCAGCAACUCAGUUAUUGAAGAUGGUCUUAUUCACAAGGAAGAAUUCCAGCUGGCACUUUUCAGGAAUAAAAAUGAGAGAAGUCUGUUCGCAGACAGGAUUUUUGACUUAUUUGAUGUCAAGCGCAAUGGUGUCAUUGAGUUCGGGGAAUUUGUUCGAUCAUUGGGUGUUUUUCAUCCAGAUGCAGCUUUAGAAGACAAGAUUGCAUUUGCUUUUCGGUUGUAUGAUCUGAGACAGACAGGGUAUAUUGAAAGAGAGGAGUUAAAGGAGAUGGUAUUGGCACUUCUGCACGAAUCAGAUCUUGUACUUUCAGAUGAUAUGAUAGAAAUGAUUGUGGAUAAGACUUUUGAUGAUGCUGAUACAAAAAGUGACGGAAGGAUCGAUCAAGAUGAGUGGAAAGCAUUUGUGUCUAAACAUCCAUCAUUGAUAAAGAACAUGACUCUACCAUAUCUGAAGGAUGUUUCCUUAGCAUUUCCAAGUUUUGUGGUAAGAACAGAAGUUGAAGACUCAGAGCUGUGACUUUGGAAGGUUUUUGGCAUCACCAAGGAUGUUGUUAUCUUUGAUUCCAUCUCCUGAUACCAUUGCUGCCAAGAAAAGACCAUUCCUAAGGUGCCAGAGACAAGGAAUGAAGGAUAAUGAUCCAUAGUACAAUUUUAUCUGGUUCCAUAUCAGAGCAAAGAGCUUCUAGACUUGCAAACGGCAAUCUAUAAGUGAGCUCUUUUCUAGUAGCUAAACAUAUACUGAAAGUGUUAUAUAAGGCUACAAAUUAUUCAGUUGGAUAGGUUGUACAUUUAUGUAUAUAUAAAUUAUGAGAGCUGCAAAGAGAGUAGCAGAUCAUGUAACUAGGCCAUCUAGCAAAUUGAAUAAACAUUAGCAUGAUUACUAUUUACUAAUAA